GUGGCAGGGGGGAGUAGCCAAUCCGUUCCCCAUGUAGACUAUUAAAGUGGCCAAAAAACAUACAACAAAAGGCUAUCUCACAACCAGCUUAGCCAAGACCCAAAACCAUGGCAGAUACAAGGACUACCUCUUCCACAUCAUCCAGCAGCCAAUGGGCCAGGCUUCUCUUCUUGGUGGUGGGCCCUGUCAUAGUCUCAGUCAUCUACUGGGCUGACGGGUUCGACCCGGCUCUACUGCCCGAACACGGUUCGUGGCCCUCCCGAGCCGUGCCGGCCCGCAACGACCACAUACUCGAGGUGGUCGAGAAGUUGGGUGAUGGCCUUUUGCCCGGGGCGGAGGACUUGGCCUACGACUCUGAAGCCCAUGUUCUGUACACCGGGUGCGGCGACGGUUGGAUCAAGCAAGUCAGGCUAGCUGAUGCAGCAUCAUCAGUGACGGUUGAUAACUGGGCCCAUGUUGGUGGCCGUCCGCUCGGCAUCGCUCUCGGACAUGAUAAAGAACUCAUCAUUGCCGACGCCGAUAAGGGACUGUUGAGGCUGACGAGAGAGGGUGCGGUGGAGCUGCUGACCAACGAGGCCGAGGGCCUCAAAUUCCGCUUAACGGACGGUGUAGAUGUUGCUAGCGAUGGCAUGAUUUACUUCACGGACGCAUCUCACAAAUACAGCGUGGAUGAACACCUGAUGGACGUUAUGGAGGGACGCCCCAACGGACGGUUGAUGAGCUACGAUCCAUGGACUAAAAAGACACAAGUGCUCGUUCGUGGCAUCUAUUUCGCCAACGGCGUCGCACUCUCACCACAACAAGACUUCCUAAUCUUCUGCGAGACCGUUCUGAGGAGAUGUAGAAAAUAUCACAUUGAAGGCGAGAAGAAAGGCUCAGUGGACAACUUCGUUGAUAAUUUGCCUGGAUAUCCCGAUAAUAUCAGAUAUGAUGGUGAUGGUCAUUUUUGGAUAGGAAUAACAGCGGUAAGGACAUUGUUUUGGGAUUGGAUGAUGAGUAACCCAUUUGCAAGAAAGACGCUAGUGAUCUUGAAGAAGUUUGUAGAGGUGCCCCACAUGCAGCAUGAUGGCGGGAUGUUGGGAGUCAGCUUGGAGGGUGAACUGCUCGCCUUAUAUUCGGACCCUGCCCUGUUUGGUGUCACCAGCGGGCUUAAAGUAGGAAACCAUCUUUACUAUGGCUUGCUUGCCGGAAGCUACAUAGGCCGCAUCGAUCUCAACCAACAUGCAGCACAUGCCUAAUGAAUCUUUAUUUAUAAAUGUACUAUUUGAAUUUUUUUAAAAAUCAUGCUCGGGCUUUGUAAGGGAUUAAAGAGAACAAAUGAAAGAGCAUACGUGGAACAUUUCAAUGUAUGCGUUAGGACUCACGCGUGAUCUGCCUUGCUUGGUGACCCACACACCUGAUGGUCACCCCUUGAUAACUAUAAGAGCCUGUUAUUUGUAAGUAUGCAUGUAGUCUUAUGGCUUCGAGUGUUAGGGAGAUGUUUAUUUUGGAGAUAUUGCUUGGUCUGCUUAAUUUUUAAGUUAUUGCUUGGCUGUUUAUUUGA